AUGGUGUUGCCCUUGAUACUUGGUGUCGGUGUCACGUUCGUUGCGGUCACUAUACGCUCUGGUCUAAGGGCUUGGAUCGUAUACAAAUCAUUGACACCCAUAAUGAUAGCGAGGAUGAACGGCAUACGUAUAACGAGAUCAGAGAUAAAUUACACAAAUAAGUUCCAAAGCACUAAGCUCAGUAAUGAAUUGAAAACUAAACUGGAUCAGUUCCAAGGUGGAUUCUAUCCGACAAUGACGGAAUCGGAAGCAAUCCUGAUAUUAGAUAUUUCGUCGAAGGAUAUCAAGAAAUUGGACGAAAAAUUGUUGAAGAGGAAGCAUAGAGGAGCUAUGAUAUUGAAUCACCCUGAUAAAGGUGGUAGUCCCUACCUGGCGACCAAGAUCAAUGAGGCCAGAGAGGUGUUAGAACGCAGUGUUCUAUUGAGAAAGAGGUGA